GGGGCUGUCGCUUCGGGUCAGCUGCCUUUUACCGGUGUCCUCCGAAACAGACACCUCUUUAGCCAAACAUGAAGGAGUCGUCCGGAUGUACAGGGCUGGACAAGCGGCAGCUUUAACAGAUCUCUUCGCCUCGUCUUGUUAAAGGGUCGCGAGAGUUCAGGAGAGCAACAGGUGUCCGUCCUGUUCGGCAGCCGCAGCUCAACUCAGUCCCUGCCUGCAGCAGGCUCCUACACAGUAAUAACAGAGUUGGGGUUCAGAAACAACUCUGCAUAAUCAGCUUUGAUGCGUUAAGCUAACAAUCAGAAGUUAUGUCGGCUGACAUUCUGCAGCGAAUCAGCACCUUGACACUGAGUGUCAAGCAACUCAGCAGAUUUCCUCACCUUUCGGACCUCUUCCCUUCCUUCCUUCCAUCACCCUGCCCCACUGUCACCGCCUCCCAGGUCCCUGCUCUUUUCCGAGAGCCCUACAUCCUGUCGGGCUACCGCCCCAUCCAGCAAGACUGGCGCUGCUACCUCCUGAGCCUCUUCCAGCUCCACAAUGAAUCCCUGAAUGUGUGGACUCAUUUGCUCGCAGCUCCAGUACUACUGCUUCUCUGGUGGGCCAACGUGGGCGCCCUGGGGUACACCUUGGAUGUGGCUUCCGUGCCUCUUGCCUUAUUUAUGGUAUCUUCUCUCACAUAUCUGUCCCUCAGCGUGGCAGCUCACCUCCUGCAGUCUCACUCCGAACGUGCACACUACUUCGUCUUCUUUUUGGACUACGUAGGCGUAGCUGUAUACCAGUACGGCUGCUCGCUCGGCCAUUACUUCUACUCAUCUGAGCAGGCAUGGAGAGAAAGCAUUGGGAUGCUGUUUCUGCCUGGAGCUGCCUUCUUUGGGUGGCUCUCUUGUGCAGGCUGCUGUUUCGCAAAGGCCAAAUACAGGCGGCCGUAUCCAGUGCAGCGUAAAAUCUUCCAGCUGAUCCCUACCAGCCUUGCCUAUGUGCUGGAUAUCAGCCCCAUAGCCCACCGUCUGCUCACCAUCUCCUGGAUGCAGGAAGCCUCCCUCCCCUUCCACGCUCUGCAGAUUGGCUCAUUCAUUCUGGCUGCCUUCUUCUUCUCCUGCCCCAUGCCUGAGCGUUUCUUUCCAGGUCGCUGUGACUUUGUAGGCCAGGGUCACCAGGUCUUCCACCUGUUCCUGUCCUUGUGCACCGUGUUCCAGCUGGAGGCUCUGUUCCUGGACUAUGCCAGGCGGCGGGACAUGGUGGUAGAUGUGUUUGGAGAGAGGCAGCUGCGGUGGGCUUGUGUAUCCUUCCCCGCUCUCUUUAUGUGUUGCAUUCUCACAGCUCUUAUCUUUAUGAGGCACAUGAACAAAGAACUGCAGCAUGUAGGGAAGAACAAGUGACAAUUGUUAGUGUGUCCAAAAAGAGGGAUGGGCUCAAGAAAAUUGUGAGAAUAUUCAAUAGAAUGCAACCUUUAAUUUAUCUAUUUAACAUCCCAUGUUUGUGAAGAAUGUGAUUACUUUUAAUAUUUAAACAAUAAAGCCAGUUUUAACAGAA